AUGACGACUGCAUCAGAUUACCUAUACAUCAAGAUUCCUCCCUUCAACUUUUACAAGAAUGGAAAACCAGAGCCAGAAGAUAUUGCAGUCUAUCGAGCGCGCCCGUUUGUCUCUGCUUGCAAGACUCUCCUCGGCUCUGUCACCGAACUUCUACGUGAUCGCAGCAUAAGCAAAAACACCCAAUGCCACCAAGCCAUUGUCUCCGCUUUGCAAGAAACCAAAGAGUUCUUUAUCUUGCAAGCACUAUUGGACACUCUGAAGGCCUACAAAGACGGGUCUGAACCUCUUCCGAACAAGUGGACAGAGCAAAGCCUGCAGGGUGCCUUACAUCGAGCCCAAUCCGCCAUAGGCCAUUCAGACCAUGCCCAAAAGCUCAACCAUGCUAUUGUGCUUUGCUUCGAAUUAUCCCAGAAAAUCAUGGUAGACUCUGGUGAUACUUGUCUUCUGAUGGUAGCGGCAACCCUUUUGGCAAUGAGGGCGCGGACACUACAGUAUGAGCCUGUUGCUCAGUCUGUCUACGAUUCCAUCGGCCUUCUCAGAGUUCAGGAUGGUUGCCUUGUUCUUAGAGAGCUCAUUCGUCCCAGAGACUGCGGGCAAUGGCUUGAUGUUAUCGAGCAUCCCUCUUUUCCAACAAUGCCCGGCAGCCGGUGGGGCCUAUUUCAUCGAGCUCUACGCCUGCCUUUCUUUGAUCAAGAAAAGCGGCGGAGCUUUUCGUUCAUAACGACUCACUAUGCCAGCUCUUUGAUACGUUCUACAAUGGAGAGCUACACUGCCGCACGUCAGCAAGACGCUACACUGAGUGAAAAGUUCAUAGACUUGGACUUUGAAGAUGAGCAGAACACUGUAGCUCGUAUCUACAACUACUCUUGGAUACAGGAUCUUGCUUCAGAUAUACUAGGGCAUCAUUACUAUCUUGCAGAUAGGAGGCUACUGCUUUAA